AUGGCCGUGUUCGACACCCCGCAGGCGGCGUUCGGGGCGCUGCGUCCCGUCUGCGUGCAGCUGACGCGGGCGCAGACGGUGGAGAACGUGCGGCAGCUGCAGGCGCACCUGGCCGGGGUGAGCGGCGCGGCCCUGCAGGAGCUGCAGGAGUACGUGCUGUUCCCGCUGCGCUUCGCCCUCCGGGUGCCGGGGCCCAAGCAGGAGCGGCUGGUGCAGAGCCUGGUGCAGUGCAUCUCCUCCGUGCUUGCGGCGACGUGCGUGAAGAAGCAGGAGCUGCUGCAGGAGCUCUUCUCUGAGCUCUGUACCUGCCUCGCUCCCCCUCCCAGCUCGGGCAAAGCCGCCCCGCUGUCUGAGGAGCUGAAGCUGGCUGUGAUCCAGGCGCUCCACACCCUGAUGCAUUCGGCUUAUGGGGAUGUUAUCUUGUCUCUGUACCAACCUUCCACCCUUCCGCUCUUAGGAUUUGCUGUGUCUUUGCUUCUGACACUUGCAGAGCAAGAAAAAGCAAAGCAAAUCAAGAUCUCUGCUUUGGAGUGCUUGCAGGUCCUGGUUCUGCAGUGUGACUGCCAGGAGCACCGACACCUGGAUGAAGAUGAGGCACAGCAAUGUGGGGAUUUGUUUGCUUCUUUUCUGCCUGGGAUUUCUAUUGCACUGUCUCGAGUUAUUGCUGCAGACAUCAAACAAGGUCACAAACCCACCGUUUCUGCCAUCAGACUCUUUUAUCUGAUUGUUGGCUUGGUCAUGGCUGACAAACAGCUAGCGAGAAUCCCAAAGAGCAAGGAAAAGCUGCCAGUGGAACACAGCAGAAUAUCAGAGCUAAUGAUCCACAGAGGACCUGACUGGACUAAAAGUACCGCUGAAAAACUCUCUCUUCUCUUGCACAAAGUGGUUGAAUCUUCUUCAGUUCACCCCCACUGGAAGGUGAGACUGGAGCUGGUGGAGCUGGUCCACCAUUUACUGAGGAACUGCAGUCAGUCACUGGUGGACUCAUUCAGUCACCUCUUAAAGGCCUUGGUUGGGCUGGUUAAUGAUGAAAACAGUGAAGUUCAGAGCAGGUGUAACAAAAUUCUGCAAGAGAUUGCAGAGCAGAGGAUUGUGGCACAGAACAGGGCUCUUGUUGAUGUCCUCUCUGAGAACCUCCAUUCCCUUUCCACAGCUCUUCCCCGCCUGAUGAACUCUCAGGAUGACACGGGCAAGGUUUCCACGCUGAGCUUAUUGCUUGGCUACCUGAAACUGCUGGGGCCCAAGAUUAACAUUGUCCUCAACUCGGUGUCCCACCUGCAGCGCCUGUCCAAGGCACUGGUGCAGGUUCUGGAGCUGGAUGUGACGGAUGUGAAGAUAGUGGAGGCCCGGCGCUCUGGGCCACCAGGCCCCUUGCAGCAGAGCGUGCAGAAGGGCAGGCGCCAGAAGAAAUACUUCCGCUUCUUCACGGAGGAGAAGGUUUUGCAGCUCCUUCAGCAAGUGUGUCGUGUUCUUGGCUACUACGGGAACCUCUACUUGCUGGUGGAUCACUUCAUGGGGCUGUACAACGAGUCUGGCCUGUACCGAAAGCAGGCAGCCAUGAUCCUCAACGAGCUGGUCACAGGAGCUGCCGGACUGGGAGUGGAUUUCCUGCAGGCGAGGGAAGUUCCACUGAACGUGGAUGAUCUCAAAGGGUCCAUAACAUCCAUCCUGGAUGAGUACAUGGACCAGGCAAACUGGUAUUUAGUCACUGGCAUUGACACAGAGGAAAGCAGCCCUGAGCAGUCAGUGCAGCAUUCGGGACGCUCUGUCUGUGCGGGAGGGGCGUCCAGCAGCGUUCUCCUUCUGUCCCCAGAGCCCCCAGUCACAACCCGCACCAUGAACAGCAACAUCUGGCAGAUCUGCAUCCAGCUGGAGGGCGUUGGCUGCUUUGCUGCAGUCCUUGGGAAGGAGUUCCGGCUGCUGCUGCUGUCAGCUCUCUACCCUGUGCUGGAAAAGGCUGGUGACAGGACUCUGCUCAUCAGUGAGACAGCACUGGGGACGCUGGCAGACAUAUGUGAGGCCUGUGGUUAUGACUCGGUGCAGUGUUUGAUUAAUGAGAAUUCUGACUAUCUGGUGAAUGGGAUUUCCCUGCAUUUGCGCCAGCUGGCAUAUCAGGCACGUGCGUCCCAGGUCCUGGACACGAUGCUGAGACAUUCGGAUGCCAGCUUGCUGCCACUGAUAGAAGAUGUAAUCCAAGAUGUCCUGUCUGCGCUAGAUCAGUCGUACAAUAGCCAGGCGUCCACCUUCCUCAGGGUCCUCCACUCAGUCAUGACUGCUCUAGUGCAGUGGUUUGGAAUGCCCAGCGCUGAGGAACACCAGACUGACAAGGGGCAGAGUGGGACUCGGUCCCAGGGGCAGCAGGAGGUGACAAUGACAAGUCAAGAAGUGGAACGAUUCUUCCUUGACUAUGUCAGCCAGAAGCAGAUCGCAGAGGGUGAUCUUCCUGACCUGGAGGAGGAGGAGGCAGAUGAGGUUCCCCUUGCUAAGCCAGAGCCCAACUCUGACAUGGAAGGAGAAGCUCCAAUGCCAAGCCAUGCUCAGGUGGCCAGGGAUGUGAUGGAGAGGUGCAUCCACUUGCUGUCUGACGGGAGCCUCCGAGUGCGGCUGAAGGUCCUGGACGUGCUGGAGCUCUGUGUCACCGUGCUGCAUCCUCAUGGAAACCAUCUGCUUCCCAUGGCUCACCGUGUCUGGCCAGCUCUCGUCACCCGGCUGAUUGGCGACGACCCUCUGGCCGUGCUCAGAGCCUUCAAGGUGCUGUGUACCCUGGCUCAGACGUGUGGGGACUUCCUGAGGCAGAGGUUCUCCAAAGAUGUCCUGCCCAAGCUGACCAGUUCCCUCCUCAGCCAGGCCCCAGUGAGUGCCAGAGCUGGGCCUGUGUACAGCCACACACUGGCCUUCAAGCUGCAGCUGGCUGUGCUGCAGGGCCUGGGCUCUCUCUGCGAGAGGCUGGACAUGGGCGAGAGUGACCUGAAUAAAGUGGCAGAUGCUUGCCUGAUUUACCUCAGCGCCAAGCAACCUGUGAAACUGCAAGAAGCUGCCCAGAGGCUGGAUUGAAGCACGUCAGAACAGCCACCUGCUCAAGGCAAAAUUCAAUAAAGUUAUAUUUAAGAAAAAAAAAGAAGAAAAAGGCAACAACAGAAAACAAACUUGGAUUAACUCCAGGAUUCUUUGCUAUGGAAACGGGUUGCUUGGAAACUACCCCAGAGUUAGUUUGAAAAUGUAAAAGUCAAGUUGUUCUCUAAGCUGCAGAGCACUCCAGGCUAUCAGGGAUAAUCACAGCCUCGAGCCAUUAUGGGCACCAGAAGCAGUGAAUUCUCCAGGGUCUGGAUAAUCUCUGAGGGUCGCUCUCCCUGGAGCAACUGAUUGGGAAGAGGUUGGAGAGCAGAGUGUCUGUGCUGUGAGUGUAAGAGCUACAGCUGUGUGCGUGCCUGGGAUCAGCAGCCUGCUGCACAAUAUUCCCCAUUCCCACGUUCACUUCACAGCAAUUCUCUGUCCUUGCCUGCUCCCAUCCCAGCCAUAAGGAACAAGGAUUAUCCCUGCAGCUGCCCACCAGCAGCAGCCCAUUGAAAAUGAGGUGGAACCGCUGGGAGCUGGUGUUUGCUGGCACACAGAGCCGUGUGCUCCCACUGUCACAGCCAGGCUGAGGGCACAGGCAGGGCAUUGUCUGGGGAGCUGGAGCCAGGAUGGCAGCACGGAGAGCUCCACACCCUGCCCCUGCCAGCCCCUCACUUGGGCUGGCAUGAGUGGGCCAGUCCUCCCAGGCAGCAGAGCUGCAGGAGCAAAGGCAGGGGAGUGAGGAGUCCUGUGAGCUCACCUGCACCGAUCCACAGAAAAAGGUCGUGUUGCUGAGGCAGCUGUUGCCAGGCCCAGCUAUCACUGCAGAGCACAUUCCCACUGGUUUCUCUGGAGCUGGCAGAUAGGCACGGCCAGCACCUUUGGGAGGGGACACUGCCAACAGCUUCAGUGGUGGUAUCUCCCCUUCUGCUGUUCAGAGACCUGCACUGAGGGACAGGUGAGGUGUUAAUGGCAGAGGAGCAAAAGCAACAGUUUUGGCUGUGCAUGAGAGAGAAGUCACAUCCAGAGGGUUACUGUGAAGAGGAGAGGGAGCUCUCUCCUACCUUCAUCUCAUUUCUGUGCUCUUUCACGUUCCCCAUGACACUGCACUCCCUUUCAGAGGAGAGCUUCUCAAAGGGAUUUCUUCCCGCUUUACAUUGGAAGCAACCUCACUUUAGGGAUGAAAGCUCUUCCAGGAGAAAUUUGGACAGCAAUCAGAUCUGGAUUUUGUGUGGCUUUUGUAGCAAGUGAUCUUUGCUUUUAGAGAGGGAGUUCAGUCCUGUGCUUCUUGGGUGAGCAGAGACAGACCUACAGGAGUUCUCUUCCCGUUAUCCCACCUGGCAGCUGCUCCCCUCACAGCUCCAUUAUUUCACUGGACACUAGGGACCUGAAGACACAUG